CUGAAAGAAGGAGGAGGAGGAGGAAGAACGGCCUCCGCCUUCCCAGUUUGUUUUCCCAUCUUUGCUUACCGUCGCGCUUGUUGUGGCUGGGCCUGAGGAAGGAAGGAAGGAGCCAGGCCCGGGCGGGCUAUGAGAUCACCAUUAUGGAAAACCAAGUGACUGACCAUUCUGAAGAGCGCACAUUUCAAUACCAGAGUUCUCUUCCUUCCUUGCCAGUUCCUGCUCUUGAUGAAUCAUUACAGAAAUACCUCGAUUCAGUGAGACCUUUCCUAAAGGAGGAAGAAUUUCAACGGACUCAGGACAUAGUAAAAAGAUUUGAAAAUGGAAUUGGAAAGGAACUGCAUCAAAAAUUACUUGAAAGAGCAAAAGUGAAGCGGAAUUGGCUUGAGGAAUGGUGGCUCAAUGUAGCCUAUCUCGAAGCCCGCUUACCAACACAAAUCUAUUAUAAUUUUGGAGGGCCAGGUCCUUACCUUGAACACUUCUGGCCAAUGAAAGAAGGGACUCAGAUAGAAAGAGGCUCCAUAACUGUGUGGAUUUCUUUGAAAUUCUGGGAACUACUGAGAACAGAAAAGUUGCGUGUCCACAAAUCAAAUAAUACGCCUCUGGAUAUGAAUCAGUUCCGAAUGCUGUUUUGCACUUGUAAGAUUCCAGGAAUUGUGCAAGAUUCAAUUGCCAAUUAUUUCAGGACAGAGAGUGAAGGUGAAUGCCCAUCUCAUUUGGUAGUGCUGUGCCGAGGUCGAAUUUUUGCAUUUGAUGGGGUACAUGAUGGCCAUAUAUUAACCCCACCAGAGAUUUGUAGGCAGCUUUACUACAUCCAAGAGAGAUGUCACAAUGAACCCAAGGGACCUGGACUGGCUGCAUUAACCUCUGAGGAAAGAACCCCAUGGGCAAAGACACGUGAAUAUCUUAUCAACCUAGAUCCAAAGAAUUUGCUCCAUUUGGAAAAAAUACAGAGCAGCUUAUUUGUGAUCUCCUUAGAUGAAGCAAGUCCCCAAGCCACUCCUGAAGAUUAUUCAGAGGUCACCAAGUUGUCACUAACAGGCGAUCCAACAUUACGUUGGGGAGACAAAUCCUAUAACAAGAUUAUGUUUUCGAAUGGAUUAUUUGGCUCAAAUUGUGAUCACUCUCCUUUUGAUGCCAUGGUUUUGGUUGUCUUCUGUUCUUUCAUUGAUUCCAAAAUCAUCGAAUUAGAGGGAAAAUGGAAGGGAUCAGAAAGAGUGCGGGAUAUCCCUUGGCCAGAGGAGCUUUUGUUCAGUUUGGAUCAGAAAGUGCUAAAAGACGUUGCUCAUGCUAAGGAGCAGUAUGAAAAGAAGACAUCUGAUGUAGAAUUGGUGAAUUAUGCUUUUACUUCCUUUGGCAAAGCUCUGAUCAAGAAACAGAAGCUUCACCCUGAUAUAUUCGUUCAGCUUGCUCUUCAGUUGGCUUAUUACAGACAUCAUGGACACCCAGGUUGCUGCUAUGAAACUGCUACAACCAGACGCUAUUACCAUGGCCGCACAGAAACUAUGCGGCCCUGCACCAUAGAAGCACUUGAAUGGUGUAAAUCCAUGCUCGAUCCAGCCUUUACUCUCGGCCAACGAAAGCACCUUAUGCUGAAGGCCUUUGCAAAGCACCAUAAACUGAUGAAAGAGUGUGAAAAUGGAAAAGGAUUUGACCGUCACCUCUUAGGUCUUCUGCUUCUCUCCAAAGAGCACAGCCUUCCUAUGCCUGAAAUCUUCCUGGAUCCUGCUUUCAGUAGAAGUGGAGGAGGUGGAAACUUUGUUCUUUCCACUAGCCUGGUAGGCUACACAAGAGUUGGGGGAGCUGUUGUUCCAAUGGUACACCAUGGUUAUGGCUUUUUCUACAGAAUUAGAGAUGACAGAAUUGUUGUGGCCUGCUCUGCUUGGAAAUCAUGCCCAGAGACAGAUGCAAAAAAUCUGUGUAAGAUUCUGUUCCAGUCUUUUGAGGACAUUAUCAAAGUAAUGACCGCAGCCCAGCUAUAAAGAAGAUACUGAUACUAUAGUGCCUUCAUCCCAGUGUGCAUUACCAUGUCUACUGAACACAUGAGGAAUGAAACUGUAAGCCAACAAGAGUGUCUUAACUUGAUGAAACACUUUCUGAUAGCAUUAACUAAGCAGAAAUAAUGGAAACCUUUAAAAAGUGAGAUUUACUGCAAUAACAAUGCAAUUUUCCUUGAAUAAGUUUGCAGCAACAAUGCAAAACACAAAAAAUAUAAAACUCUUUGUAGAAACUAUGCAAUGUUAAACUAAGCCUCAGCAAUGCAAGCCUGAUUGAAUCAAUAGGAAUUUUAUACACUUAUUUUACACUAACUUGUUUUCAUAAUUUUCCUAGUGAUGAGAUGCAAAAUUAAGAUAUCAUAUUAAUUUGUAUCAGUGCUACAUAUAAAGCAGCCAUUGCAGAGAAUAAUGGGUUUUGGUUCCUUUUUAGAUAGGAGUCUAUCAUGGUUUCUUUUUAACUUGUCACUUCUAAAGUUACUCUAAUACUUGAGAUUAUUGCUUUAUGUAUGUCAUAGCUGCUAUUCUGUUUUACAUAAUGUGAUUGUUGUUAAUUCAACAGCUCUAUUAACAAGCUUUUCAAGAUAAAAGGAGAAAAUGCCAUGAGUUGAGAAACAUGUUCUAGAUUUUAUUUUUUACAUUCCGAACAAAGAACAGAAACUGAAAUCAUACUUGACAUUAUUUUGGUGAUUUAGAAGCUAUGUUUGAUAUGGUUCCCUCAAGUGUAUAACUUAACAAUAUUCUCAGGACUUCAGAUUUUCUUCACAUGUGGGGCAAGGGGAGGAUUUUGUUUCUCAGUUGUGUAAUUUCUUUUCUCUAAAAUAAAGCCACCUCAAACACC